AUGACGCCGGGUUCUCCAGAUGAAGCUCUUCACUUUCGAGGCAAAACUCUGACUCCAGAGAGCCCUCGUCCGCUACACGUCGCGGAACCGACCAAGAUCCCUGUGCUGCAGAACCAAAUGGACCCGGUGUUCAAUGAUACGUCGACUUAUUUUGACACGCCCUUGUCAGACCUUGAAAAUGGUUCCCAGAUGCACCAUCAAAAUGGACACUAUGCAGAAUCGGAGAACGUGACGAGGUAUCAGGCGCUGGAUCAUCAUCACUAUCAAGAAUACCAUCAACCACCACCGUCGUCGACACAAACACAAGGUAGCUUUCACACUGGUUCUUUGCAGGCGGAUGAUCAAUCAGUGGACAAGAAAAAUGAGACUUCACUUUCUGCGGGGACAGCAACUGCUAAGCCUUCCCUUCCAUCAAAUCAAUCCGCAGUAGCAGACGAGGAUUCCUCUACUGCGCCGGCCAUAGCAGCAAACUCAUCUCUAACUGUUCUUCCUUCGUCAGAUCCUGCUGCCCCUCUAGCUCACCCUAACCCCGAUGUCCCUCCCUCUGCCUCCUCUCAGGCUGCCCAGAUCCUGCCCGUCGCGAACGAGGUAAAUCACGCCGUGGCCAGCUGGGCUGCGCAGUCGGCACCGCAUGAUCGCUUAGAUUACCAAGCCAAACCCGAAGAUAAUACUGGUGAGGGUGGUGUGGACUUCCAAAACCUCCUCGAUAAUCUUCCUCCUCCCUCUACCGCCGCUCCGUCUCCUCCCCUACCCUCAGAGACUGCCCCUUCGUCUGCGGACGACGUCUCUGAAGCUCCUCAAGGCCUCCCCCCUCGUCCCCCGCCCCAGGAGAAGCCCUCUAUCCAUCCUAAUUACCAUCCCACCGAUGAUAUCCGCUCGUAUCAUCAACUCCACCCUCACCCUGCCAGCACUUCCACUACCUACCCUUCCCAGCAAAGUAAUUAUCAGUCCAACCUAGGACUUCCUUCCUUGGCCGCUUCCGGCGCUCCUGGAACCGCCUCGGGUGCCAGCUCGUUGCCUCCACCACCUGGUCCCAGCUUCCAGCAACCGGCCCCCUCAACCGCCGAAUCGUCUCAGGAGCCCCCCGCAACGGCAGCUUCUCCGAAUGGUCGCAUCGAGAAGCCGGUCGGCCGUGUCGUCAAACCCGGAGACGAAGAUGUUCCGUGGGGCCCAGACGUACAGAAGAAAUAUGACCAAUUUCUACAUGAUGAGAGAGUGUACGUAACUGAGGGACUUUGGGAUCGCUUCCCAGCGGGGUCCCGGUUGUUCGUGGGUAAUCUACCGACGGAGAGGGUCACAAAACGGGAUUUGUUUCAUAUCUUUCACCAAUACGGCAAACUGGCCCAGAUAUCGAUUAAGCAAGCCUACGGUUUUAUCCAAUUCGUCGACGCCUCCGCCUGCAAGCAUGCGCUCGAUUGUGAGCAAGGAGCUGUGGUAAGGGGUAGGAAAAUUCGUAAGUUGGCACUGCGGUCCCUGCGAAUAUUCGGGCCUGGGUUGACUCUGCCUUACGCAGACCUUGAGAUUUCAAAACCACAGAGGAAUACUCGGGCAGGACCACCGCCACCUGAACCAUCUCGUGGUGCUCCACCCCGGCGGUCCAGGUCCCCGGAAUACAGCAGAGGCGGACCUCCCAGCAGCCGUAAUACGAGGGCUUCGGGAGAUCGCUAUGAUCGACCUUACGAGUCAGGUAGAGUCCCAUUUAGUGACUUUAGAGAUGAGCCGAACCACCGCAGACGCGACGAUUAUCGACCCCCUCCACGAUCGCCAUCUCCACGUCCGUUCCGAGGAAGAGAUGGGUACAGAUCUCGGGAUAGAACUCCUGAACGGUACGAUCGUCGUGAGAGACGCCGUUCUCGGUCACCAUAUGGAAGAGACAGACGGUAUCGGACUCCUAGCCCCAGGGGCCGCAGCGCAUACGACAGUGAUUCGGACUUGCCAGUGCCCAGGAGAGCCCCGCGAGACGUCCCGGAAGUGCAGAUUUUGGUUCUUGAAGAAGUUGACCGUAACUUCAUCUUCCAUGUGGAGAAUGCCUUCCGCAAUCGAGGCCUUCGGGUGGAUGUCCUGGUGUUGGGUCCUCGCAUACCACUGAACGCGGCAGUUCAGCGGCAGAUCAAAGAAGGGGUUCUCGCUGUUGUGAGACUGUCUCGUCCGAACCAAUUCUCGAGGAAGAUUCCUUUGCAGGUCUUUGACCGCAGUGGUGGGCCAGACAAUGUUCGCUUCAAUGAAUAUCCAGAAGUCGAGCCCAACAUCGCCGCCGAGAUCAUAUUUCAUGCCCAAGCCAUGCAGCGCGGUGCUACUUCACUUCCUUUCCAACCCAAUCCAGCAUUUGCAAUGCCGUCACUUCCCACCGCGCCCAUUCCUCAAGCACCAUUGCCGGCGGUUCCUGCGUCUUCCAAUGUCGCUAAUGUGAUUUCGUCUCUUGAUGGGCCUACCCUUCAGUCUCUCUUGAGUGCACUGCAGCAGCGACAGCAACAACCCGUUCCCGCUGCACAGCCCUUUACAGCUGGCAACAUGCCUCAUACCACUGCAGAUCUCGCAAGCCUUUUGAGCGGAGCAACGCGGCCACCUAUUCCUACGAACCCUCAACAACACCUGCCUCCGCAGUACUCGGUACCAGUCACCAAUGCUCCGGUAGUUCCGGAUCCUAAUUUGAUCUCUUUGCUUACCAAGGGCCUGGGUGGACAACAGCAACCACAGCAGCAGAACCUGGCGACUGUGAAUCCUCACGUUCAAAACAUUAUGAAUCAGUUAAGCAAGUGGAAACAAUGA